AUGUUCCGCAUAACACCGGGCUUAUGGGAGAGGAUCCAUCACUAUGCCUCCUUCCCCCAGACAGGCGUGUCUCUGCAGCAAAUGGUGCGGUUCGGGCAGAACCCCAGCCAGGGAACCCUUCUCAGAGCCAGCCAAUUCUUGCUCGAGGAACUCCCUGUUCGUCUGGCUCACAGGGUGAAAGAACUGGACCAGCUCCCUCACAAUCUCAGCGUAAUGCCCUCGAUUUGCAAAGUCAAGGAUUGGUAUGCUCAGUCAUUCGAGGAGCUUAUUUCAUUUCCGUCACCCAAGUUGCCCUCCUCUAUUCGGGAAGCACUUGCGGUAGCCCCUACCGAGAUUACCCUCCCAGAGUCCACGCCAAAUCCCUCCCAGCCUUACUUCGGCGCCGAUGAUUAUGGCAUUCCGCUGGAGAAUGGGUUUAGCAGUGCGUCCAGUUCCCAGAGCGGGAGCGGAAAUGCAAACGGGUUUAGCACAAAGUUGCGUGUACCGAUGGAAAGACGAUAUUACGCAGAUACCUCAUCUAUAAACUGGCCACCCGAGGUUCAAGAUUUUAAUCGCCGCUUCACGAAACAACUCGAGUCCAUUAAGCGGCGGCACGACCCCACGGUGACUACGGUCGCACAGGGCGUGCUUGAGUGGAAGCGCAGUCAGAAUGCCCGGAAUAUCAAUCUCGAUGUGCAGCAUUGGCUAGACCGAUUCUACCUCUCGCGUAUAGGCAUCCGGUUCCUUAUAGGCCAGCACAUUGCUCUCAACACCUUACAACCCCAUCCGGACUAUGUUGGAAUCAUUUGUACGCGUGCAAAUGUACAUGAUAUUGUCCAGGAGGCGAUCGAGAAUGCUCGCUUUGUCUGCGAGGAACAUUAUGCCAUGUUCAAGGGACCACCGGUGCAGCUCAUCUGUCCGAACGACCUGCACUUUCCAUAUGUGCCGGGUCAUCUUUCUCACAUCUGUUUUGAACUUUUGAAGAACUCCCUGCGUGCCGUUGUGGAGCGGUACGGGCCAGAGAACGAAGACCAUUUUCCUCCCAUCAAGGUAAUCGUCGUAGAGGGUAAGGAAGACAUCACGGUCAAGAUUUCCGAUGAGGGAGGGGGCAUUCCGCGGAGCGCCAUUCCGCUCAUCUGGACAUAUAUGUAUACGACCAUGGAGGGACAGAAUAUCGAUCAAGAUUUUCAGGCGAGUGAUUUCAAGGCACCUAUGGCCGGGUUCGGGUACGGGCUUCCCUUGUCGCGACUGUAUGCGCGGUAUUUCGGGGGUGAUCUUAGGCUAAUCUCAAUGGACGGAUUCGGAACGGAUGUGUACAUCCACCUCAAUCGGCUGUCGAGCAAUCGCGAGCCAUUGCCGUGA